AGAGGGCCUGCUGCCUCAAAGACCUGGCCCCCCUUCAUCUUCCCCACUUCUCAUUUGCUCAUUAUUAUUAAAAAAAUAAUAUAUUUUCGCCUCAAAUUUAAUAUUUUUUUUUUCUCUUAUCAUUUCUUGGUCUACACAUGGACAAUGGACCAUACUUCCAUUGAAUAACUAACAAUCCAAGCUCUUGUGGGCUGUCUUCAUUUUCUUUUCUUAGUUUCUUGUUUGGCAUUUUGCUAAGAGAUUUUCUUCAACCCAUUUUUUGUUCGAAUCGCCCUUCUUUUUCGCUGUCAUUGUGGAUUUAGUUCAGUUUAUUUUUUUCUGAGAGAACUGGUGUAAAUUGCUUGCUCUGAUUAAAAAGAUUCGAUUUUGUGAUCUGGGGUUUCGUUUUUUUUCACUUUGAUUGUCUAAUUUUGAAGGGUUUUUCGCCAGAUUCCUUGCAUUUGAUUUGUGGUGAAUUUUGAUCUAAAUAUCUGUGAAUGUAUAUAUAUAUGGAAUGGGGAUAAAUUUAUGUUAAUUUUUGCUGCCACAAAAACCCUUGUGAAAAUAAAUAAAUAAAAUACCAUUAUCCAAUUUUCGAUUCCUCGGAGGUGGUGGUGACAGCUUAUUACAGCCAUUGUUUUGGAUUCAAUUUUGAGGAGGUGUGUUUUAGGGUUGAUGAAAGUUGUGGUGUUUUUUGUGUAAUUGUGUUUGAAGAAAUUAAAAAAAUGGCAGCAAAGCUUUUACAUUCUUUAACAGAUGAUAAUCCAGAUUUGCAAAAGCAAAUUGGAUGUAUGACCGGAAUCUUUCAACUCUUCGAUCGUCAAAAUAUGCUUACCGGUAGUAGGCGCAUUGUCGGCCACACCCCCCAAAGGCUUCUUCCCGGAAAUUCUCAUUACGAUGUCGGCACUUUGGAACGAGAUUCAAGUAGUUCAUACAUAAGAUCUUCAUCACGGGAAAAGUAUCCACACAAGAAUACGCAAAGAGUGUCGACCGAAUCGUCAAGGGCUUCAUUUUCAUCUUCAUCUCGUUCAUCGUCUUUCUCCUCUCUCGACUGCAACAGAGCCACUCAACUAGAACCAGCUUCAUUCGACCGGAUGAUAUUUCCGGAAACGCCCUCAAGAGAUCCAGCUAUGACCCUCCAAAAUUCGUCCACCCGACAAUCAGUCGAUCUUCGCGAUUUCGUAAAGGACUCCAUAUACAAAGAAAUUCACGGUUUAUCCAACAAACACAAAACCAAAACAGAGGAUGCCAAUUACAGAGAUUCUCCGAGGCUACGUUCGAAAUAUACCGAUAAUACCCCCGCUGCUUAUCUCAAGGAACCUCGAGAACUUUUGAGAUCUUCAUCGUACCACGCGAAAGAAGGGUCUUCGUUUUCGGUUGUGAAAGAUGCCCCUCGAUUUUCCUACGAUGGAAGGGAAAUAAACCGAACGCGCUUCGAUGGGUCGAAUUCUGCCCUAAAGCUUAAGGACCUUCCACGCCUUUCUUUAGACAGUCGAGAGGGUUCUAUGAGGAAUAGUCUCGCUUCCGAUUCUUCGAAACCCAACUCUUUCUUGAAAACCAUGCAAAAAAAAGAUAGUGUUGUUUUCAACGAAACACAAGCACGGCCACCGAGUGUGGUGGCGAAGCUCAUGGGCUUGGAAACCCUACCCGAACACGUUUCCUCAUCCAACGGCACGAAUACGGGUUCGGGUUCGGGUCGGAGUUAUCCGGAUGAAGAAUUCGUCAACAAUUUAGGCUUGUUCGAGAAAAUGGAUGUUAACAAACCAAUGCAAGUACCGAUUUCUCCAAAGAACUCGAAGAAGGAGCCUAGUUCGCCGCGUUGGAGAAAUUCCGACGGUUCGAUGAAACCUAUGCCUCGGUCUCCGAUCGAACCAGCACCGUGGAAGGGUCCUGCCAAAAGUACGAGAAACCAAGCAAAGGGUCCCACCGCGUUUCCGUCGGUUUACAGUGAGAUAGAGAAGAGGUUGAAAGAUAUCGAGUUCACUCAGUCGGGAAAGGAUCUUAGAGCACUUAAACAGAUACUCGAAGCCAUGCAGGCUAAGGGACUCUUAGAAACCCCACAAGAGGGACAAGGUUCGAAUUUCACGAGCCAAAAAGAUCACGAGGAGAGAAAUUUUCGAAAGCCACAAACCGGUCAAGUUCUUGCUUCGAGAAAAACGAAGGCUGUUUAUGCUGAAACUUACGAGUCUCCAAUUGUGAUUAUGAAACCUGCGAAGCUCGUCGGCAAAUCUGGUAUACCUGCUUCGUCGGUGAUUUCGCUCGAUGGUAUAUCCGGUCUGCCCAAAUUACGGGGAAGUGGCGGAGCAUCGAAAGAUUCCAUUGCCAAAUCGAGUCAGAGAGACAAUGCUCAAAGCUCUGUCAGUACGAAAAGUGAUAGAACUUUAAGAACUGCACAAACUUCGACGAAAUCUCAGCCGUUGAUCAAAGAGGGCAGCAAUCAAGGGUGGGGAAAGAGCUCAGGAUCCAUCAGUCCAAGAAUGCAACAGAAGAAACUCGAUCUUGAAAAAAGAUCUCGGCCGCCCACUUCUCCCGAUUCGAGCAAAUUGAAAAGACAGACGAACAAGCAACAAUCCGAGCCUUUGAAUUCACCAGGUGGAAGAAGACGACCUAAAGCUCCGAUCACUCAGCACAGUGACGACCAGGUGAGUGAGGUCAGCGCUGAGUCGGUCGAGAUUGCUGACGUGGAUAGUUACGAAAGGCCACCUGGCAUAAGCAGCAAUCGAAGUCCAUCGAAGAAGGCUUCUCAAUUCAUGAAAACGACAACGACUUUAAGUGAAGAAGAGUCUGCAGAAUUUGGUGUGGGCCCUACAGAGUACUCCAGUCCUGUAUCGGUUCUUGACACUGUAGAGUAUAACCAAGAUUCUCCUGUGAAGUAUGUCGGAAAGGCCCUUAAAGUGGAUAGGAAUUCGAACAAACUGGAUAACAGCUUCAAUGCCACUUCCACGGAAUCGGGUUCGAAAAAAUUCGAAAACAACAGAAAAAAGCUCCAAAACAUAGAAAACUUAGUCCAAAAGCUGACACGCCUCAACUCGACCCACGACGAAGCACGUACAGAUUACAUAGCCUCGUUAUGCGAGAACACAAAUCCCGAUCACCGAUACAUCUCCGAAAUUCUGUUAGCCUCCGGCCUCCUCCUUCGAGACCUCUCCGAUUUUCAGUUCCAUCAAUCCGGACACCCUAUAAACCCGGAGCUCUUCUUAGUACUGGAACAAACUAAAGGAAGCACUUUGUCCAAGGAAGACCGAAGGACCAAAAAGUCAACUCAGUUAACCCUAAGAGAGAAGUUUCACAGGAAACUGAUUUUCGACGCUGUUAACGAGAUCCUCGCGAGGAAAUUCGCCUCUGCGGCGGGCCCGCAUUCCGAGCCGUUUUUCAGGCCAUUUAAGGUAGUCAGAAAAGCAUUGAAUGCGCAGAAGCUUCUGAGGGAAUUGUGCUCUGAGAUCGAAGGGCUCGAGGCGAAAAAGAAUCCGAAAUGUGGCAGCUCGGACGAAGAAGAUGGUGGAUGGAAGAGCAUUUUAUGGACGGAUGUGAUGAAUAGGUCCGAAAGCUGGGUGGAUUUCGACGGUGAGAUCGCGGGUCCCGUUCUUGAUAUCGAACGGUUGAUAUUUAAAGAUUUGGUUGACGAGGUUGUGAUCGGUGAGUCUGCGGGUUUGAUUAUUAAACCUGUUAGGCAUAAGGUGUUUGUUGCCAAGUAGUUUUUGCUGUUUUAAAUUUUAUUUAUUUAUUUGUUUUUUUAAAUUGCAUUUUUCGUCUCUUCGUUUAUUAUAUUUGUUGAGGUGUAAUCUCGAAUUUCGGAAACUGGAAUGGCUUGGAUUGUAAAGGAAUUCCUUGUGGGUUCAGCAGAAAAUGUCAUAUUUUACAGCUAAUUAAUUAUUCAAUAAAUAAUUUAUACCAUGGCAUAGCUUUUGU